UAGUAAAAAAUAGACGAAAUCUCAGACUUUCUCCCAAGAAUUUUCAAAGUUUUUGCUUGAUUAAUUUUUCCAAUUUUUCAAUAUUCAAAUGCUCAUUAUGUGCAAUCGACAUUCCACCUAACUGACUUCCGGAAAAUCGUCGUCCACCUCUUUGCUUCACUAGUUUGCGCUACAGAGUAAGAGUUCGCUUAACAUUGCAAAUUAAUCUUAAUAAUAAUUAGGGUGGGUAUAUAUAAAUAGUUCGCUUGCUUUCAAUAAGAUUUUAGUAUGUGCUGGUUCGUUUAAGAAUGAGUGGAAAACUGCUCCUGGUGGUGUUACUAACAUUUUCCGCGAAUUCGCACGCUUAUUACUACCAAGACAAAAUCGAAUAUUAUGUGCAGUUGAUAACGGGUGCGUUUCGCAACGCCCUGACCACUGUGUUACCCACGGACUCCUACCAGUAUUUUUCCGGCGAAGUCAGAAGAAGCUAUGGAAGCUUCGACUUUGUGGUCAUUGGAGCCGGAGCGGCUGGUGCCGUGAUUGCGAAUCGUCUGACUGAAGUGGAGGAUUGGAACGUUCUUGUUCUUGAAGCCGGCGGAUAUGGAAAUGAUUUUUCCGACAUUCCUGAUAUGUACUGGCCAAUCGAAUUCACGGAUUUCAACUGGGGCUACAACAGCACGCCGCAGCGAACUGCUUGCUUAGGUCUAAUCGACCAGGAAUGUUUCUACCCCCGAGGAAGAGGCGUCGGUGGCUCAACCCUAAUCAACGGUCUAAUCUACUCCCGCGGCCACAAAACCGACUUCGACCACUGGGGCCGACUGGUCGGAAACGACCGUUGGUCGUACCGUAGCGUCCUCCAGUACUUCAAAAAAUCGGAAAACUUCGUAUACCGCGACUACACCCAACCGAUCGAACCCGAAUACCAUGGAACAAACGGCUACUGGCAAGUCGAACACCACUUACCCAGAAGCCCACAACUGGACGUUUUCCUGGACGCCAACAGAGAGAUGGGUUUAGGCGUCGCCGACUACAAUGCCAACAGAUUGGGCGCCUCAAGUGCCCAACUGAACACAGCUUUCGGCAGACGGAUGGACACAGGCAAAGCUUUUAUCCGGUCUGUUUUAAAACGCCCGAACUUGAAAGUACUAACCGGGAGUUUCGUCACAAGAAUUGUCAUUGAUAAGUUUACACGUAGUGCUGUGGGAGUUGAAUUCACUCAUGGAGGGAGCAAUUAUUUCGUAAGGGCGAAGAAGGAGGUGAUUUUGUCAGCGGGGGCUUUCAAUACGCCUCAAUUGUUGAUGUUGUCUGGGAUAGGGCCAGGGUACCACUUACAAGAACUAGGAAUUGAGGUGAUCCAGGAUCUGGAAGUUGGGAGUACGCUCAGGGAUAACCCUACUUUUUACGGGGUUGCGUUCCAGACGAAUUACACCGAACCGAUUGAACCUCUCGAGAAUUAUAUCGAACAGUACUUUCAAGGAGUUGGUCCUUUAGCCAUCCCUGGAAAUAACCAAGGAGUAGGUUUUUACGAAUCAAGUUAUACCAGAGGUACCGGAAUUCCGGAUCUCGAAUUCAUGUUUAUCCCAGCUGUGGCUUCAACAAUUUUACAACAAAGAGCCUUCAGGUUAACCGACCAAACUUACAACGACGUGUACCAGUUCCAGGACGUGGGAAGUACCUUCGGUGUUUACGUCAUAGUUUUGCAUUCAAAAUCUGUCGGAACUGUCCGACUCAGGAGCAGGGAUCCCUUCCAGUUCCCGCUGAUUGACGCAAAUUUUCUCUCAGAUCCUGAAAAUAAAGACAUAAACGUGCUUUAUGAAGGAGUACAGUUACUUAUGCAAAUGGCCCAAACCAGGGCUUUCAGGUCAAUGGACGCAACUUUGGCUGGAGGUCAGUUGUCGGCUUGUAGCCAGUAUGAGUUUUUGAGUAGAGAGUACUGGUACUGUGCCAUUCGACAACUUACCAUCAAUGUGUACCAUCCGCUGGGUACUUGUCCCAUGGGAAGGGAUCCAAGGGAAGGAGCUGUGGUGGAUUCGGAAUUGAAGGUUUUCGGGAUCAAGAAGUUAAGAGUGGCUGAUUCAAGUGUGUUUCCGUUUGCUCUGGCAGGUCAUCCAACUGCACCUUCGGUUAUGGUUGGCGAACAAAUGGGUGAUAUACUUAAAGAAAAGUAUAAAUACAAUGACAAUUAUUAUGAUGUUUUUCAUGAUUAUUUUUAGAUUUGUAGUUGUGUAGGUAUUUAAUUUUAAUAAAAUAUCUAGUCAAAUAAA